AUGUCCCUGAAGAUCCUGUCCAUCACCGUCCUCCUGUUCAUGGGGUCCCUUGUGUCCUCUGCAGACGGCAAAAAUGCCCCCAGUAAGUACAAAGUUAGAAAUGCUGUUUAGAAAACUAAUUUCUUACUUUAGUCUUACAGAUGUUAAUUUUUUUUAUUCUUUUGUAUCUGCCUCUCUGUAAAUUUGUACUGAUUUAAAUCCUUUUAAUCCCCUUUAGAAACUCAUAUUUACAGACUUAUUUUUACGUCUGUUUCUACGUCCACUUUUCUGUUUUAACUUGAUUAACUUAUUAAAAACAAUAUUGAGGAGAUUUUCCUUUUUAUAAAAGGUAUUCCACAGCUGCAUUUCAUUAAAGGGUAAAAAACUUAAAAUUUUAAUUUACAUAAUAAGAAAUGAGUUGUUUUAGCUUCAUCUUUGUUUCUGUUCUGAUUUAAAAAGUGAAAUAACUUUUGGGGAUUUUUUAUUUUUAAUGGUUAAUACUUGGCAAAUGGAGGAUUAAACUAGAGAUCAAGAGGAAAUGUAUUUAAAUAUUUGAUAAAAACAUCUUGUUUCUAUAACAAGUGAGUUGUGUUUACUCUUGCAGCUAUAAACUACAUAAGAUUUUGAGAUAUGGGGGAUGUGUUAUAGCUCUGGAUUUUAUCUCUUAGGAAGCACAUAAGUUGCGAGAUCUUGUUCAAGGGAGGACAACACUAAAAAUGACUUUGUGACAAUACCUUUAAUGAGGAUCUGAUGAAGGUGUCAUAAUGUCAAAGCUAGUUUCUUCGAAACCUCAUGUGUGUGUUUGUUUAUUGCAGGGGGAGGCUUGGUAAUUGAAGUCUGCUGUUAUUUGGCUCGGCCGUACUUUCGCAAACCGAUCGUAGAGUGCAUCAAACAGAUACCAACGGGGAACUGCUACUCAGAUAACUUUGCGUAAGUACAGCAAACUGGCCUCAGUAAUACAAUUAAUGUGUAAACCGUCAACAGAAGGAAAAUGAGAAAGCGAGAAAGAGAAAGCAGCAGGGUAAAAUCAUCAGAAUGUCAAAUUAACAGUUUUCAUUUUGUUUCCAGGGUCAAAGAUGAGAGUGGCGACUGGCACUGUGUCACAUCUGACUCACUGUGGAUGAAACAGCAAAUACAGCAGGUAAGAAUGAGUUUAUUACACAUAAGUUACUUUGUCACACCCUACCUGAGAAAUAAUAAUAAUAAUAUCUUACAUUUAUAUAGCGCCUUUCAGGAUACCCAAAGCGCUUAACAACACACUACAAAAAAAAAAAAAAAAAAACUAACUAAAUACCAAAAGCCUGAAUAAACAAGUGUCGCUUCAGAGCAGACUUGAGAGUCAAGAGUCUGUGCUUGGCGAAUCUCAGAGGGGAGAGAGUUCCAGAGAGGAGGGGCGGGCACACUGAAGGCUCUGUCACCGAGGGAUGGUCUUUUCCCAUAGCGGACAGUGAGGAGCCCAAGGUCCGCAGACCGCAGAGUACGCGCCGGGAUGUAGUCCUUGAGGAGGUCAGACAGAUAGUAUGGGGCUAGGGCAUGGAGAGCUUUGUAGGUGAGCAGGAGGAGUUUGUCGAUGAUGCGAUAUUUGAUGGGAAGCCAGUGGAGGCGUUUGAGGGUGGGGGUGAUGUGCUGCCAAGGUUUGGUCCGGGUGAGCACUCUGGCAGCUGAAUUUUGAACGUACUGCAGACAGUCCAAGUCUUUUUUAGGAAGUCCGAACAGGACACCGUUGCAGUAGUCUAAGCGGGAGGAUACAAAGGCAUGGAUGAGGGUUUCUGCGACAGAGUCCGAGAGGGACGAGCGGAGUCUGGAGAUGGUCUUAAGGUGGAAAAAGGCUGACUUAGUUACGGAUUUAAUGUGGGUUUGGAAUGAAAGGGCAGAGUCCAAGAUGACGCCCAGGUUGCGCACCUCGGAAGAUGGGGAGAUGGAGCAGCCGUCAAUAUGGAGGAGGAAAUCACCCAUUCUGCGAAGCAGUGCCUUAGGAGCCAUGAGCAAGAGCUCUGUUUUCUUGGCGUUGAGUUGGAGGAGGUUGGUGGUCAGCCAGGUUUUUAUUUCUUGUAGGCAGUUAACAAUGGGGAGUGGAGGGAGCAGAGUGGUGGGUGUGGUGCUGAGAUAUAUCUGUGUAUCAUCGGCGUAACAGUGGAAAUCAAGGCCGUGCUUACGGAUGAUCUGGCCGAGUGGGAGCAUGUAUAUGGUGAAGAGGAGUGGACCAAGUACGGAACCCUGUGGGACUUGGAACCAUGCAUUGAGACAAACUGCAGGCGGUUGGACAGAUAGGAGUGAAACCAGGAGAGCGCAGAUCCAGUGAUAUUGAGGUGUGUAGAGAGGCGGUUGAGGAGGAUGGAGUGAGAGACUGUGUCAAAGGCUGCAGAGAGGUCCAACAGGAUGAGGAUGCUGAUGUUGCCGGAGUCAGCCGCGAUGAGGAGGUCAUUGAUGAUUUUAACCAAGGCGGUCUCAGUGCUGUGGUGCGCUCUGUAGGCAGACUGGAAGGGUUCGGAGAGUUUGUGGUCGGACAUGUGCUGCUGGAGCUGCACGGUGACUACUCUUUCCAGGGUCUUGCUGAGGAACGGGAGAUUGGAAAUCGUCCGGUAGUUGGUAAGGUCAUCGGGGUCCAGACCAGGCUUUUUCAGUAUGGGGGUGACAGAUGCGGUUUUGAAACAGGUGGGAACCAUGCCGGAUAGCAGAGAGGAGUUGAUGAUGUUAGUAAUGAUGGGAACCAGGGUCGGUAGACAGGCCUUUACCAGCGUCGUGGGCAUAGGGUCCAGGGAGCAACUGGAGGCCUUGGCUUUGGUGACCAGUUCGGUGGUAAGGGAUUCAUCCACUGGAGUGAAGGAGGUGAACGGGGGACACGUGGCAGAGGGGGCAGUGUCCUGCAGCUGAGGUGUAUGCAGACAGGUGGUGGAUGUCUGGAGCUGCUGAUGGAUGGUAUCCACCUUGUCGUGGAAGAAGUUCAGGAAUCUAUGGCAGAGGUCAGAGUCACCAGAGGCUGGAACGGAUGGGAGGGGGCUGAGAAGCUUGUUCACUGUGGAAAACAGCUUUCUGGGGUGGUUCUCCUGAGACCCGAUAAGGGUGGAGUAGUACUGGGUUAUGGAUUGUGAGAGAGUGUCCUUGUAGUUUUUUACGUGGUCGUGGAAGGCCAGAAGGUGGACAGUGAGGCCAGAUUUUUUGUAGAGCCUCUCCAGCCGUCGGCCAGUGGACUUCAUGGCCCGGAGCGCGGGAGUGAACCAGGGAGCCGGCCGGUUGAAUGAAACUGUCAGUGUUUUGAUGGGGGCGAGAGAGUCCAGGCUAAGGGCGAGAGCAGUGUUGUAGGAAGAGACCAGGUCACAAUCGGAGGGGUCAGGGGAGAUCCCAGCUAGGUGGGCAGCAAUCAUGGUGGAUAGGGCUGGAGGACUCACAGCCUUAAUGUUCCGGUAGGUGAUGGUGCGUUUUGGCCGCUGCCCAGGCCGGGAGGCAGGGACAGAGAAGGCAAUGGCAUGAUGGUCAGAGAUAGCAAGGUCCAGGCACUGCAGGUGGAUGGGGGGGGGGGGGGGGGUACCAGUGGAGCACACCAAGUCCAGCGUAUGACCCUUGUUGUGGGUAGGGCCACGCACAUGUUGACUGAAAUUAAACCAUUCCAACACUGACAUGAACUCGGUGGCGAAAGCACAGCUGGUGGAAUCCACGUGCACAUUCAUGUCCCCCAGCAAGUACGUGGAUGGAGACAUGGCACAGACAGAGGUGAGUAGCUCAGAUAGUUCUGACAGGAAGGCAGACCGGUCAGAGCUGGUGUUUUUAGGUGGACGGUACACCAACACAAACUGGAGUUGGGAGAAACCAGCCAGUGUGAACACUAUGCAUUCAAAAGAGGUGGCAGUGGUUACUGCCACCUCCUUGGUGAGGAUGUCAGCCCGAUAAAUCACAGCCAGCCCACCGCCACCACCCUUUAAGCGAGGCUUCUGUAUGAGAAAUGACUGAGGUUAGCACAUUCAGUAAAAUGACACUUUUGUUCACCAUCUUAAAACCUGCACAGUUACAGUCUUUGUUAACUGUUACAACAGCAAACUGUAUAAAAUCACAAACAACAUAAAAGCUCAAGUUCAGAGAAAGCGCUUAAACCCAUUUUUGUCUUUUUCUCUCUUCUCCACAGGGUAAAGUCAGCUGUUCAGAAGAACCUGUUUACUAG